GAAGCGCUUUGUGGCACUUGCGUCGGGCGUCCUGCUUUGUACUUGCUUGCUUAGACUUAUUUGUGUGCUUAAAAAAUCAGAAGAACACGGCUGUUUCAAGCAGAAAACGUUCCUUGUCAAAGGAGCUACAAGCUUCCCAAGGCGCGCAGGCGAGGCACCGCGGCUGCUGCGAUGGCCGGCUGGCGGAGGCUGGUCGUGGCGGCGCUCCUGCAGCUGGCCUUUUCACGCGUCCUGACUACAGAGAAUUGCUAUGGAAGGGGGAAGCUACCGAAAGGAAGUGGAUACUUCGACUGUGCAGAGCCCCGUUUGAAGCUCAGUAACAGUCGAAGGGAGCUCGUAAUGGACUUUCGCAACAGACACAAUCUUACUUUAUUUAGGAUGUCACUCAAAAGAACAGCCCACGCCUUCCACUUCAGCGCAUCCCUUGGUACAGGAGAGUUACUCAACAGCACAAAGUUAGAUCUUGAUUCUGCAAAUGAGGUACAACUAAACAUCGACUGCUCAAGUGUGCACGCAAAGACUCACGGAACAUGGCGGAAGAUGGACAUACCGGAGACAGACGAGAUUUUCUCUUUUUACUUUCGGAGUUUCCCUCCCAACCCUGCUUUCUGCAUCGUGUGCUGCGGGGGAGAUAUAACGAGCAACGACAAAACCACUGAGCAAGAUAUCCCACAGAACUUUAAACAAGGCAGACGACUUACCACUCAAGGAGAGACAGGAGCUGCAGUGGCGAUGGUAAUGGUGGCUUGCGUUGCCUACUUCAUCCUUCUUGCUUAGGACGGACACCCAUUAUAGAGCACAAAGGAAGCCGGGAGACUUGCCUUAGAGGGUUUGGAACUGACGUGGCGUGCUGAAAUAUCUGAUCAUUCUGGUGGUUAUUAAUUUUGAUAAAAUAACCUGUAGGAAGGAACGUGUUGCUUUUUAUUAAGCUUGUUAAAUGUACUUACAUUAUGUUUUCGUUCAGUUUUAUUUAAUGAAAUAAACCACAUCU